AUGAUCACUUAUUUGAUUCAGCCAUGGCUGUUCAUGGCCUUCUCCCUCGUCUAUCUCCCCGUAACGGUCGCAAAGCUGGUCGCCUCCGGUGACGUCAAAGCGUUCUUGUCUUGGUCCGCCUUCAAGGAAGCAUGGUUCGGUAACUUCUGGGUCGUUAUGGGCCCCAAGGCCAAAGCCGGCGCAGAACCGAUGGUAUUCCCGCUCCUCGAGGGUCGCGUUCGCGGAGGCAAUAUUUCUGCUCAGAUGUCUGGCAAGCCGCUCGAGGGGAUCGUUCUUGAAAUCGGCGCCGGCAGUGGCAUGUGGGUGGAUGCGCAUGUCAAAGUCCUCGGUGCUGCAAAAGCCCAAAGUCUUCGUGGGCCGACAAAGAUCUAUGGUGUUGAACCGAACCCCUUAUCUGCUGCUUCGCUGAAGCGUCGAGCACAGGAGGCAGGGCUGGAAAAGACGUACGAGGUUGUGCCGGUCGGCAUCGAGGACCUGCAGAAUGAGACGGCAUGGGGGGGCAAGAUCGAGCCCGGAAGCGUGGACUGCAUCAUGACCGUUCAGUGUCUAUGCAGCAUCCCAGAGCCCGAGAAGAACAUACGCUUGCUUUAUGGCUAUCUCAAGAAGGGAGGAAGGUGGUACGUGUAUGAGCACGUGAAGGCUGAGCGUGGCUUGGUGAUCCCGCUUUACCAGAGUAAGAUGUCGAACCUCUGUGUCGCCGGGUAG